AUGGACAGUCGAGCCUCGCCGACCCCGCCCACCGCCCGCCCCAAGAAUUCCUCGUCGUCCAUCACGUCGGCCACGCCGCCCUCGCAGCAGCAGCAGCAGCAGCAGCAGCCGCAGCCAGGCAUGCCGUCGACCUCGCGGGCCGGGCGCGGGAGCACCCCGACGGCCAGCCGCUCCGCCUCCAAGCUGGGCGACGCCGACCGGCCCUCUCGCGCCGCCAGCAAGGACAGCCUCAAGCAGAAGAUGCUGGCCAAGAAGGACGACACGCCCCAGCCCAGCCGGGCAGAAGAGCAACUCAAGGCCCUCAAGUCCGAGUUUGACAGCCUCCGCAACCACCUCACAUGCAAGAUCUGCGACCGCCUGCUCUACCAGCCCUACACCAUCUCGUGCGGCCACACGUACUGCUACACGUGCCUCUGCACCUGGUUCGUCAGCAACAAGGCCCGCAAGACAUGCCCCGACUGCCGCAUUGUCGUCAAGGACCUGCCUGCCCCGGCCUAUGUAAUACGGGACAUGACAAACGUCUUCAUCACCCGCGCCGAGCUGCUCCCGGUAGGCGAGAGCCUCGACGACCACAAAAAGUGGCAGAAAGACGAAGCCGACGCCGUCCAGCAGGACAAGGACAACGAAGACCCCCGCGCUGGAGGCCUCUUCAAGGGCUGCUUCCGCCUCGCGCAGCACCAACGCGGCCCCUCGCUGCAGGUUGUCCGUGACCAAGAAGAUGGCGUCGACCGCUGCCCCGUUUGCACCUGGGAGCUGGAAGAUGGCGGCUGCAACCAGUGCGGCCUGAUAUUCGACGAGACAGGCGAGGUCUCAUGGGGCGACAGCUUCACGGGCUUCAGCGACAUGGACGAAAUGUCCGAGCACGACACCGACCUUGACGCCGAGAUGGACUUUGAAAACGGUGAAUAUGACGACUACGACGAUGGCAUGGGAGACUGGGGCGCAUAUGCUGACGACUCGGUCAUGAUGCGCCGCUUUCUCGAGGCUGGAAUACCACCACACGCAGCGGCCUUUGCACGGCGGCGUCCAAUCUCGCACAGUGAAGCGGGCAGCCGACGCUCAUACACCCAAAGCAUAGUCUCAGACAUUUACGGUGACGAGAUGGACACGGUCGAAGAGGAAGACGAAGAAGGCCUAGAAGAGGACUCGUCUAUGAACGACUUCAUUGACGAUGAUGGCCUGCAGGCAUCUAGCUCGCCUAGCAACGCGUCCUCCACGCCCGGUCCCAUGCCGCAACCGUCGGGCAACAGGACUCGGCCACAUGCCAGAGCACGCCGCAUCGUCGAGUCUGAGACUUCGUCGAACCGCUCGAGCGUUGUCGAGGACGAGGAUGAGGAUGAAGAAGACGCAGGCCCCAUUCGCAGAGGAGUGAGACACCCCGCUCAGGCACGUGCUCUGCACCGGGCGAAUGGCUCAAGAUCUCAUGAGACGGCUUCGACAACAUCAACUGACGUCUCGAAUGAAGAGCUUGACGAAGACACACAGGCCUUGCUGAGAGAAGAGGGGUGGAUGCUGCAACGCGACGACGACGAUGAAAUGGGGGAAGAAGACGAAGAAGACAGUGAUGGAGGAAGAACGACCGUCGGGUGGGAACCGCUUGCGAACUCAAAUGACAGAAGCCGAAUGGGCGGUUCUCUAACACCUACUGCAGAUCGUCCACGGCCUAGCGCCCCCAUACGACCGCCUUCGCGAACCGGCAACACUCGUGUCUUGAAUGCCUCUCGUGGCCUGCGUCGAAGAACCUCUGUCCUCCCUGCCUCGGGAGCUCCUUAUGAGGACGGCGAAGCGGACGACGAUGAUUCUGACCAAAAUGGUGAUAUUGAGCUGGCUAUGAACACUCUGCGAACACGCCGCUCACAAGCCCAUAUGCGGAAUGCAUCUGCUUUUUCAAAUCCCGCCGCCCGCUUCGUCAAUCGCGGGGCUGCCCAGGUCGAUGGAACAAACGAGGGAGACACUGAUGACAACUCCGACACCUCGCAGGGGCAUGCACGAGGGGCUCCGCGUGUGCAGCAUCGAGAAUACGACCCGCGUAUCAGUUGGAUGUUUGCCGCACACCAACAGGCUCUUCAGCAGCACCAGAUGGCGGGCGCAUUGAUAGAUGUGGAGCCACGAGCUAUUACCCCCCUUAAUCGCCCUCGGACAAGGAACAGGAAUCGGCCUAGCCCAGCACAAGCAUACUCGCCUUUCCUGCCUCCUGCACGCCUGAGGACACCGCUGAUGGACAACACAUCAAACCUUGCUAUGGAUCCACGUAUGCCAGUGUCGCCGCCUCGAAGAAGCGCCAUGUCUCCAGGAUUUCCCGCAAUGGCGAACAAUGGCAAUAUGAGCCGGUUUGAUCGUGCUCCUUCUGUUAGUUCGAAUAACAAUACUUCUACCAUGACUCCUGGCUCGUCCACUGCUACGUCUCAGCAUACCAUCGAUAACAUAGCCCAGACACAGGCAGCAGCAGCUAUGGAUAUGAUUGAUCGCCCACAGAGUCGUGUCGGUGCUCGUCCUUCUUCAGCAAAUAGCAGGAGGAACUCUGGCAACUUUGCUGGCGUCAACGGCUUUCCUCAUGCCGGCAUGGGACUACACGUGCAGGGUGCGGCUCUUCCGCCCUUUACAGCCCGGGGUAAUCCUUGGGCUGCAUUCGUACAAGCACGUGGUGUCCGUAACCGCAACUCACGCCAAGUUUUGCGAAACGAGUCUUCUGUAGCCACUCUGCGGCCGGCAAACUCUCGUGUUAAUGUCCGAGAGACCAACAAUCAACAACCAAACAUGAGGCCUCAGCCAUCACGCCUCAACCUCCGGUCCCAGCCAUCAAGACGUCAACUCAACAACCAGGCUUCGACUCGUACUUUGCGGGCAAGUGAGCAUGGCAGACCACCUCCCUCGCCAACUCAAAACACGCAAUCUCCUACGCAGUCCCCUGCUCGUCCAGUUGGACUGACGCAAGACGAACGCAACAUGCGAGCUCGUGAGCUGAUCGAGACGAGAAGACAGGCGCUUGGACAACGCGACACCAGUGUACCUGCACGCACCAAUCCAUUUACCCAAGGUUUUCAGCGUCCAGCCAACUCUACCGGCUCGCCUCAGAUGCAGCAACCAGCAACUGCACAGCAUGUGAGGAGCAACUCGAAUGAGUCCAUCAACUCUACAGGUACGGUGCAAAAUGAUUCUGCAUCACCUGUCCUUGGUCGACGUCGAAGUAGCCGUAACAUGCACAGCGCUGCCUCUCCCGGUCUUCAGUCGCCAACACAGGGCGUAUACAGUGGCUCUGCCCCCGCAUAUGCCAACAGUUACUAUCGGCCCAGACAGGGCUCGAUCAACGAUACACAAGUACCCUAUGAGUCCACUCUGACGGCCAACACGAGGAACAUGAGUCCUAUGAUGGCUGGUCCUUUGAUCUAA